AUGGCCACCUUUGCUCCAAUCCGCCUCCCCAUCAAGCGGAGGCUGCAGACUGCUGCGGUCCUGGUCUGGAUCUCUGCCCUUGCAGUGACAACAACGGUCUUCUUUUACCUCUGCACCAUCAAAUACCUCUGGCCCUUGAUCAUCAUCUAUCUUCUAUGGAUCCUCAUGUUCGACCAAGCACCCGAGCGGGGCGGAAGACGCUUCAAUUGGGCGAGAAAGUGUGUCGUAUGGUCCUACUUUGCCCAGUACUUUCCUAUGACGCUGAUCAAGGAAGCUGAUCUGGAUCCCUCCAAGAACUAUAUCUUUGGUUAUCACCCACACGGCAUCAUCUCCCUCGGCGCGUUUUCCACGUUUGGGACCGAGGGCCUCAACUUCUCGAAGCGCUUUCCUGGGAUCACACCUCGUCUCUUGACAUUGCAAUCGAACUUCAACAUCCCGAUCUAUCGCGACUACAUCAUGGCGCAUGGAUGUGCUUCGGUUUCGAAGGAGUCUUGUGAACACAUUCUUCGAUCGGGUCCAGGAAAUUCAAUUACGAUUGUCGUUGGAGGCGCCCAGGAGAGUCUUGCAGCCAAGCCUGGGACGUUGGACUUGACGCUCAAGAAAAGAAUGGGCUUUAUCAAGCUAGCACUGGUGAACGGAGCAAGUCUUGUGCCCACUUUGGCAUUCGGCGAGAACGAUCUUUAUGAACUGUACAGUACCUCCCAUACAAGCAGGCUAUACCAUGUGCAGCAAUUCAUGAAGAAGGCUCUCGGCUUCACGAUGCCCAUGUUCAAUGGCCGCGGUGUCUUCAAUUAUGAGUAUGGAUUGUUGCCAAGGAGGAAGCCAGUGUUCAUUGUGGUUGGAAAGCCGAUCCAUGUCGAGAAGGUCGAGGGCGCACCCACGACGGAACAACUUCAGGAUUUGCAAAAGAAGUACAUUGACGAGCUCGUGACGAUCUGGGAGCGAUACAAGGACAAGUACGCGGUCGGUCGUUCUCAAGAACUUCAGAUCGUAGAAUAG